AUGUUUUCUCUCCGCACCGCUCUUCUCUGCCUGAUGGCUGCCUCUGGUAGCGUCUACGCCGAGCACCUCAAGGUCGUCUGGUCGUCUGGUGACUUUUCCACAAUCUCCGGUCCUGCCGGUGGAAACACGAACGGACAUUACUCCGGCUUUGCUAUCAUCAACGACGCUGGCGAAGCCAUCUAUGACCAAGGCUUCCCCGAUGACCACGCUCCUUGUUACAACACCGACGACGGCCGCGAGUUCACCAUCGAGGGUGACUGCUGGAGUACCCCACGCAAGUUCAAGUGCAUGGCUAAUUUCGGAGGCCAUCCUGAAACCUGCGAGGUCAAGGACGGUUAUGGCAACAGCCUUGGCACCGGUACCGGACAGACUGAUACCACUUUCAUUGGUAUUUCUAUCGGUCAAGACGCUAGCUGUGUUGUCGAAUUCGAUUCUGACAGCGAUGGCUGCCCUGUUGAUGACGGUAACGGUCCCCUUCACGUUACCUCCGGUUAA